GUCCUUUUUUGGGCCGUAUACUGAAUAUCAUUGCCAGAAAAAUUAUCCGAAUAUUUCAUUCGGUCAAUCAGUUAGAUCUGUGACCGUAAACUACAACAGUCAUCAUUCAUUCAUUCAAUGUCAAUCGCUCUGAUCUUGAUAACCUAACUUUCAGUUUUUAUUUAAAAAUUGCAAAUUUUGAGCCUUGUGGUGUUAAUUACUAAUUUUGUGGUCAAUUCCAAAAUCACCUAAAUUAAUCAGGAAAAAUGUCUGAGCAACAAGUAGCUUCAACCCCAGCGUCGGCAGCCGUGUCGGCCACCAGCGUCGCUGAGGAGCAACGGUCGGGCAGCGGAGGAACUGUUGCAGGCUCUGGCGGCAGUGCAACUGGCAGUGCGGCUGGAUCAGCUGGACCUGAAGAGAAAUUAUAUGGAGGAUGUGAAGGCCCAAACGCUAUGUAUGUGAAGCUGAUCUCUUCAGAUGGCCAUGAGUUCAUUGUGAAGAGGGAACAUGCGCUCACCUCGGGCACUAUCAAGGCUAUGUUGAGUGGACCUGGACAGUUUGCUGAGAAUGAGGCCAAUGAAGUCAACUUUAGGGAGAUUCCCUCCCACGUACUGCAGAAGGUGUGCAUGUACUUUACUUACAAAGUUCGUUACACAAACUCGUCGACGGAAAUCCCUGAGUUCCCGAUCGCCCCAGAAAUCGCGCUGGAGUUGCUGAUGGCUGCUAACUUCCUUGACUGUUAAGAGUACAGCUAUGUACCGGUAGAUGGUGCUAGUGAGACGGCCACCAAAGAGGUUGACUGCAAAAAGUUUGUAAUAAAAACUUAGCAGCUGUCUGAUGAAGAUCUCUUGACAUUGUAAGGUUCCUCACUCAUAUAUUAUCUUAUAAUGUAAUGUAAAAUGUUAAUAAAAGAAACAUUCUUAAUAAGUAAAUUAAUUGAAUUUAUUAUUUUUAUAUUUAACAGACAGCAAUAAAUUUUUAUUUGCUAAACCUCUUUGUUUAUUUUUAGUUGCUAUGGUAAUGUGUCUCACUAGCGCCACAAUUAUCAAAGUGAUCAUUUUACG